CGGCCUCCGGCUUGCCGUACUUGGCUCCGCCAUUGUUUGACAGGUCUCGUUGCUAACCAGAGGCUUUCCCAUGGGCUUUCCUGGUUACCCGCUCUGCAGGGACAGAAACUAACUCCCAAGUUUCGCUCGGAUGUCUAAGCAGCUCUUUUUAGCGGCACACAGAGGAUGGAGGAAGACAGGCUUUGUAGCCAGAUUUGCUACGAGACCAGCAAGGCUGAGAUCACACACAGACGCUGCAUCUCUAGGAUGUACAAAGACUACAGAUCAAGCAGAGUCACAGGACUCAACACUCUGCCCUUCGAUCCAGCAACCAACAACGACCCUCUCCAGUUCAACAGUUCCAGCGGGCCACUGGUGACAGAGUGUCCUCCUCUGGAAAACACAGCUGAAAAUAGCAAGAAGCGGAAGAGAACCAUCCUGCCUCCAGAAGGUAUCUGUAACAUGACAAUGGACUCCAACUCAAUAACAAUGCCCAUGUCGGACCCCAACGCCUGGGCAACAGCCAUGAACAACCUGGGGAUGCCAGCUAUGGGAAUGACUGGACAGCCACUCAUGCCAGAUUUUGAUCCCAACCUUGGUAUGAUGGCUGGAAGUAUCCCCAUGAACCCAAUGAUGCCUGGCCUCGGUAUCGUGCCUGCACCACUCUCCCAGGAUGUACCAGUUGUCAAGGAGAUCAUCCACUGCAAGAGCUGCACCCUGUUCCCCCCGAACCCCAACCUUCCCCCUCCAGCCACAAGGGAGCGCCCUCCAGGGUGUAAGACGGUGUUUGUCGGGGGACUGCCAGAGAACGCCACCGAGCAGCUCAUCAUGGAGGUCUUCGGACAGUGCGGUGAUAUCACCGCCAUACGCAAAAGCAAGAAGAACUUCUGCCAUAUCAGAUUCGCUGAGGAGUUCACCGUGGACAAGGCUCUCUUCCUGUCAGGUUAUCGUAUCCGUUUGGGCUCCAGCACAGACAAAAAAGACACUGGUCGUCUUCACGUGGACUUUGCCCAGGCCAGAGACGACCUCUAUGAGUGGGAGUGUCGCCAGCGAAUGUUGGCCAGAGAGGAGAGGCACCGGCGCAAGAUGGAGGAAGAUCGCCUCCGGCCGCCCUCUCCUCCUCCCAUCGUCCACUACUCUGAGCACGAGUGCAGCCAGCUGGGAGACAAGAUCAAAGACGAUGGCAAGUUUCCCGAAGCAGUGCGUGUGCUCCUGACCUGGCUGGAACGAGGUGAGGUCAACCGCAGGAACGCCAACAACUUCUACUCCAUGAUCCAGUCUUCCAACAGCCACAUCCGCCGGCUGAUGGGCGAGAAGAGUCAGCACGAGAAGGAGAUGGAAGAGGCCAAAGACAAGUUCAAGACCGCUCUGGCCGGCAUACUGGCUCAGUUUGAACAGAUUGUGUCUGUAUUCCAAGCUGCUUCCAAACAAAAGGCAUGGGACCAUUUCUCCAAAGCUCAGCGCAAGAACCUGGACAUGUGGCACAAACAAGCAGAGGAGAUUAGAAACAUGCACAACGAGCAGCUGAUGGGCAUCAGGCGAGAGGAGGAGAUGGAGAUGUCUGAUGAUGACAUGGAAGAUGCCCCCGACAGCAAGGACUCUGAGGACUCAGGUGUAUCCCAAGCAGAAGCCUUAAAGGAGGAGAACGACUCGCUGCGCUGCCAGCUGGACGCCUACAGGAACGAGGUGGAGCUGCUCAAACAGGAACAGGGCAAGAACCAACCAAUCAGGAGCGAGGAGGACAACACUCACUCACAGCAGCUCAGCUUCCUGCAGCAGGCUCUGCAAGGCAUGCAGAAGCAACUGCUAAAAAUGAGGGACGAAUUAAAACAGAGGGAAGCUGAGCUGGAGAAGAGUUUGGAGGACAAACAACAGCUGAAGAACCAAGUGCAGACACUGAAGGAAGGUCUCCAGAACCUGCAAAACGCACAUGCAAUGCAGCUGGAGAUGUCGAAGAAGGAUGACAGAGGCACCGAGGAGAUCGCUAAUCAAACAAGUGAAGCAACAGUAUCAACAGCGGUGUCCUGCAGUCAGGAGAGGGAAGGUCCAACGGAGAAGAAUCCACCGAGUCCCAUCCACUCCGAAAGGGAAGCUCUAUUAGUAGGGAUCAUAUCAACAUUCCUGCACGUUCACCCGUUUGGAGCCAGCAUCGAGUACAUCUGUUCCUACCUGCAGCGUUUGGACACCAAGAUUAACCCUGGUGAGGUGGAGGCUCUUCUGUGUCGGCUCCCCUGCACCUUCAGACAGGAGCUGACCGGGGUCGGAGCAAGUCUGGAGAAACGCUGGAACUUCUGCGGCUUCCAGGGCAUCAAGAGCACAUAGACUCUGCUGGUGACACUUCUGGGACGUGGAAGAGACAACAGGCAGACGAGGCAACACAGAGACACUGAUGAGAUGUGAAGGAAACAGUAUCGAGCACACAAAUUUCAAAGUCUGUGGAUUGUACCCUACUGUACAAGGACACAGAGGACUGAGCACAGAUCUCAGAUCAGGAAGGAAUGUUACAUGAGCAUUUCAGGGACUCUGUGUAGGUGGCAGAGACGUAAAAACGCAGCAUUUCCAUGGUUACAGGAAUGUUGACACCAAACCAUGGUGACGAAGUCUUUCUCAGUGCAAAACAUUUUUAGACAUAAAAACUCACUGGGAGUUGAGCACCAGUUCCUACAGUCACUGGGUUAUCAUGUAGUCAUCACCCACAUGGGCAGGGUAUUGUACAUUCUGAGCCUACGGUUGGCUCUGUAUGGUGUCAGUGUGGGCCAGGACUACAGGGCUAGCCAAGGAGGUUUAUCAGGGUCUAACUGAACACUUCGAACCUCCGAACCCUCUGGCCUCUCUCUCUUCUCUUUUUGCUGUUCCUGGUUUGUAACAUAGAUCAAAAAUUGAUAUAUUUCUUCAUUUUCUGUAAAGGCUGUUGCAUAGAAUCAUUUGUUGUAAUACACUGUAAAUGCUUGGAUGAUAUUUUUGAUUAUAAAAAG